UCACUCUUGUUUUUUCUAUUAUGACCCUUCAGUAGCUACUCUCGAAAAAUGCUCCUAAAUAGAUAAAAGCAGCAAACUUCCUGUUCUCUCUUCCGGUGUGUUCAAGCAUUGCUGACAAUGAGAGCAUUGGCUGAAUCCAAGCAGCCUUUCUGUGCGCUGACAUGCUCGGACCUUCACCCCUGAUAUGACACAGUGCCUUGCUGUCGACAAGAACCUAAUCAGAGGUCAAAGUCUGUCCUCAGGCUAACGGAGUCAGUGAGAACUAACCUUUGUGCUGUCCCUCACUGUCCUGAGCUCUUAUUUCUUUUGCAGCCUGCCUGAAGACACCUCACUUGUUGGAGAACUACCUAUGCUUGGAUUGUAGCCAGCCGAAACAACAUGUUGCUCCGGUCAUCGGCCCUGCUCCUCCUCUGUGCGUCCAUGGGCAUGUGUGCCACUUUGAGCCACUAUCAGACUGAAGCCAAUGAGGAGGGGGACGCCGCUCAAGCUGCUCCACUAGAUUCUGCUUUUAGGGGCAAAAUAUUACCGGUGGAUAAUCAGGGAGCUGACCUAACAGAAGUGGAGGUCCAAGUCAAAGAGCCAGGCAGGGACAGUGGCAAGCCCGAUGGAGACGCCAUGGAAGCUCUUGCAGAGAAAGCUGUCACACAGGAGCAACCUCCCUCUGAGGAGGAGGCCAAUGAGAUUAGGGCAGUCCAGAACAACAAGGCCUCGAACAAUGCCCUGGCACAAGAAGAUGCAAGCAGCUGGAGCCUCAACUCCAUUAGAGACAGUUUCCAGACGGUGCACGGGUACUUUGACUCGCUGGUGGAGCUGGUCGGCGGACACAACGGUGUCUGUCAGUACCGUUGCAGAUACGGGGAACUCCCACUUCCUCGGCCUGGCUACAAGCAUCAAGAACCCAAUGGCUGCAGCUCCUCUCUGGUGGGAAUCCAGGUGAAUGCUGCUUUUGACAUGGGGAUCCCUGCCAUGACACAGUGCUGUAACCAGCUGGACAUGUGCUACGAAACCUGUGGCGUGGACAAGUACGAUUGUGAUGCCAGGUUUCGCUCGUGCCUCCAUAGCAUCUGCUCUGACCUGAAGAAGAGCCUUGGGUUUGUGUCCAAAGUACAAGCUUGUGAAUCAAUGGCAGACGCCCUCUACAACACAGUGUGGACUCUGGGAUGCAGGCCUUACAUGAACAGCCAGAGGGCAUCGUGUGUCUGCGAGGGAGAGGAGAGGGAUGAACUGUGACACAGAGUACUGUGGUCAACCCCUCUGUACACACUCAUGGACAUUUCCACAUAAUACAAUAAGAGAGGACACUUUUCAUUAGAGUUCAUCAUAUCUGAAGUUGGGUUUGGUUGAAAGGCUUUAAGCAGUCAAUAAUUUGGUGUGUUCAUUAAGCAGAAAUCCAGAUUAGUAGUUUCUAAAGCCUGAAGCUAAUGGCUAGCUCGAAAACAGCCGAGAGCAAGGCAGAGUCCCACACCCACCGUCUUAAAACAACCUCAGUAUUUAAAAUGUUAUAUUUGAGAUUUUAAACAGGAUAGUUGAGUUUUAUUUAAGUAAAGGCUAGCAGAGUUAUCAUUUAUUGUUACUGUUCCCGUUGUGGAAUGCUGUCAAUAGAUCCUGUGCUGUGGAAUGCUAAAAGCUAGCUAAUUGGGUAUCAUUAUUAUAGCUUAUUUUUCUAAGCAAUUUAAACUUCAACUGUUUAAAUCCCUGAGACACAAGACUGUAUUAGAAGACGCCAACUGUCCACACUUUCACAAGAGGCCACAGUUAAAUUUAUCACUGUUUUCUAUUUAUCACUAAGUUAAGUGAGACUUCCUGUUUGCGGUAAAGCGUAUAAUGUCACUUCCUGUUGUCAAGGUGUGAAAUGUGGUAUGUUGUGCCAGACUAUCUCGCUUUUAUCUUUAAUCUCUUUGCUGUAACAUCUGUUUCUAACACAUAAGCACUUUUAAAACAUUAUCUGGUGCUGCACAUCACGUUUGG